AUGAGUACUCUUGUCCUUCCUCCCUCGUCUCAUCAUCAUCAUCAUCAUCAUCAUCCUCAACAAUCUCAAACAACCAUCCAUACCCAACGUCCACAAACUAAUACAAUAUCAAAAACCAAACCUCGAUCAACUGCUGUUGAUCCACUUCAUGCAAGAUAUUUAAUAGCUCAUAAACUUGCAUCUGGCGGAUUCGGAGAUGUUUAUGCUGGUGUAAGAAAAAAAGAUGGCAUGCCAGUAGCAUUGAAAGUCGUACCAAAAAAACGGAUGCGUGAAAUAAAUACAUCCGAAGGAAAAUUACCACUUGAAGUUGCUCUAUUACGUCGUGUUGCCAAAGUAAAAAAUGUCAUACAUAUGCUUGAAUAUUUUAUACAUAAUGAACAACUUGUUAUUGUACUUGAACGACCAGAACAUUGUUGUGAUUUAUAUGAUUUUAUUUGUGACCGUCCUGGCGGUCUUGAUGAACGUUUAGCACGUGAUUUUUUUAAACAAAUUCUACAAAUACUUAAAGAUGUACAUGCAUGUGGAGUUCUUCAUCGAGAUAUUAAAGAUGAAAAUUUUCUUGUUGAUAUGCGUACUGGACAAUUAUAUUUAAUUGAUUUUGGUUCUGGUGCUUUAUUAAAUGAUGGAAUUUAUACAGAUUUUGAAGGUACGGCAUGUUAUGCAACUCCAGAAUGGGUUACAUGUCGACGAUAUUUUGGUUUACCACAAACAGUUUGGUCUUUAGGAAUACUUUUAUAUGAUUUAGUCUGUGGUGAUAUUCCAUUUUCUGAUGAUUUAGCAAUUAUUAAAUGUCAACCACAAUUUCCAAGUCAUCUUUCAUCAGAAUGUGUACAAUUAAUUGAACAAUGUUUAUCUAUAAGAUCAUCUGAACGACCGACAUUAGAUCAAUGUUUACAAUCUGAAUGGUUAAAAUUUGCAUCAACUAGAGAUUUAUCGAUAUCAUUCAUAUCUCGUCGUCGAAUUGGUGGUGGUGGUGGUGGACAUAAUAAUCAUCAUUAUUUAAAAGACUCAAAUUCGACGUCGAAAUCGACGACGGGCAGUACUUCUUCUCGUGGUAAUUCCUUGUAG